AUGGAGCGAGAAUAUAUGCAGUUGCACCGAGACACCACGGUUUCGCAGCUCACAGUGACGCCAGUGGUCUCCGAUGGCUUGCUAUACCAUGAGGACUCACCCUUGGUGCGUGCUGCGCAGCUGGGUCGCGCACUGGUUCUGGACGAGGCCGAUAAAGCGCCUUUGGAGGUGGUUGUGGUACUGAAAUCUCUCAUUGAAGACGGCCAGUUGGCAUUGCCUGAUGGACGCAGGUUGGCCAGCAGUAUCGAGGCAGGAAGCGAGAGAACCAUCCAAGUUCAUCCCGAGUUUCGCAUGUUUGUGCUGGCGAACCGUCCGGGAUUUCCCUUCCUGGGCAACGAUUUGCUCCGGGAAGCCGACGUGUUCUCCGUCUUUUGCUUGGACAAUCCAGAUGCACAAUCAGAACUUCAACUGGCGCGGGCCAUCGGUCCCAGCGUCCCCGAGGGCAUCCUACGCACCCUGGUGGCGCUCUUCGCAGAUUUGCGCCUGGCACUGGAGGAUGGGCGGCUGCAGUACCCCUACAGCGCGCGAGAAUUGCUGGCAGUCAUCCGACACCUGGAGCGCUUCCCAAACGAACCUUUGGAGGAGGCCCUGACGUCGGUCUUGGCCUUCGAUCGCUUCGACGCCUCGCUGCGGGAGGCCCUGCGGCCGCUGCUGGAGCGACGGGGCGUCUCCAGUCUGGCGGUGCUAGGCCCUGCGAGCGGAAACGCAAGCGUCGGCCCCACCUUGGGCGAGCCGUGGGUCCGUGCUCUGGAAGCCCUGCGCCGUGCCAAAGUGGCGCCGGCGCGGCGCUUGCGCAAGGAGCCUGCUGGUGCAUGGCAGGUGCUGAAAGCGCUGGAGUUUCAUCCUGCGGUGUUUGGUUCGGAAGGUCCCGAAUAUCAUCGGGUUCAGCAAAGACCCGCCAUGUUGGAUCCACCCAAAGUGGUGCCACUGGCAGAUCUCUUCUUUGAACGCAGCAGCCUGUCCUUCGAUGAGGGCAUGGUCCGUGCAGAGCUGCCCCUGUCGAGGCGCUCCGACGGCGUGGUGGACGCGGUGGUGGGGAACGGCGCGCUGCACGUGUUGUCCACAGGACCUUUGUGCAUUUGGACCAUUGACGACCCCCAAGCCUUGGGUGCUGAUGCUGGCAGAUGUUCUCUGCUGCAGGUGGGCCCGGGUGCAGAUUGGUCUUUGGCCAUGGCGUCGCGAGAGACGAGCAAGGGGCCGCCAUUGAGUGUGUUGGUGAAUGGUCGUCCACUACCGCUGGGCCGGCCGCAGUUGGCAUGGAUCCCUGCGGUGCUUCUGCAGCACUAG